AAAUCAGGAAAAUAGUUCGAAUGACCCUGCUUGCUCAAGUUACCAAGCCUAUCUCAGAUUCAUGGAUAAAGGAAAUGAAAUCAUCACGGUCAAAACUUGUUUGAAUUCUACAAUGAAAACUGUGUGAAUUACUCCAUACAUUGCAGGAAAAGUCAAAUUUGGUGAAGGGGCAGAGAGAAACUCACCGAAUUAUUUGGGGGUUUGAAUUGUAAUUUUGUUGCUUCUUUGAUCUCUCCGCAAACUGCUUACUUUUGAAGGUUCCUGAAUGCUUUGAACCUUUGUUUAUAUAUGAACUAAUAGCACACCUCUACUACAUACGAAAAACAAUAUUCAUUAUCUUCCAGUUUGAUGGAAAUGUGGCCAACUCCAAGAAGAAACCAGGUUCUUGAUACCUUGGUAUUACUUGGAAUUGUUCUGGUUUUGAUUAAUUUAUAUGGUGUUGAAAGCCGAAAGGUGAGGGUUUUAGACGCAUUUGACUACUCGGCUAUAGGUAGCAGCAGAAAGUACACUGCCUCAUUGACAGACUUUGGAGGAGUUGGUGAUGGAGUAACAUCAAAUACAAAGGCUUUUCAGGCUGCCAUUAAUAACCUGAGCCAGAAUGCAUCACAUGGCGGAUCCUUACUCUUUGUUCCUCCAGGAAAAUGGCUGACUGGUAGUUUUAAUCUUACCAACCAUUUCACUUUGUAUCUCCACAAGGAUGCUACUCUUCUUGCUUCACAGGACGUGAGUGAAUGGGCUGUCAUUGACCCUCUACCGUCCUAUGGCCGAGGACGAGAUGCAGAAGGUGGAAGGUAUAUCAGUCUUAUUUUUGGAACCAAUCUUACUGAUGUUGUGAUAACAGGGGACAAUGGCACUAUUGAUGGUCAGGGUGUUACCUGGUGGGACAAAUUCCACAAGGGAGAGCUGAAAUACACCAGGCCUUACCUUAUUGAGAUCAUGUACUCUGAUGAAGUUCAAAUCUCUAAUCUCACAUUGAUGAACUCUCCAUCCUGGAACGUUCAUCCUGUUUACAGCAGCAAUAUUGUUGUCCAAGGAUUAACAAUCCUAGCACCAGUAACUUCUCCAAACACUGACGGGAUCAAUCCAGACUCUUGCACAAAUACUCGGAUUGAGGACUGCUACAUUGUCUCUGGAGAUGAUUGUGUAGCUGUUAAGAGUGGCUGGGAUGAGUAUGGAAUCAAGUUUGGUAUGCCAACAAAGCAGCUAGUGAUCAGACGGCUCACAUGCAUUUCUCCAUUCAGUGCAGUGAUUGCACUAGGUAGUGAGAUGUCCGGUGGGAUCGAGGAUGUUAGGGCAGAAGACAUCACAGGCAUCAAUUCAGAGUCAGGCGUUAGGAUCAAAACCGCUGUGGGAAGGGGAAACUAUGUCAAAGACAUAUAUGUGAGAGGGAUGAUUAUGAAAACUAUGAAAAUGGUCUUUUGGAUGGCAGGGAAUUAUGGCUCUCAUCCCGACAAUGAUUAUGAUCCUAAUGCAAUUCCUGUUAUCCAGAAUAUCAAUUUCCGAGAUAUUAUUGCAGAGAAUGUGACCAUGGCAGCUAGACUGGAGGGAAUUCCGGGCCACCCAUUUACAGGAAUUUGCAUAUCCAAUGCGACCAUUGGAUUAACAAAAGAGCCAAAGAAGCUUCAAUGGGAUUGCACGGAAAUUGCCGGGGUUUCAAGCGAUGUUACCCCUCAGCCGUGCAAUCUGCUGACGGAUCAAGGACCAGAGAAUGCCUGUAAUUUUCCAGACAGCUUCCCAUUCCCAAGUAUCAACAUUUAAAUCUAUUUAUGCUCUUACAGAAUUUGUGAAAGAACGAAGUUACCAUAUCAAUUUCUUUUAUGUGAAGAAUACGAUAAGAUUUGCAUUUUAGCAUCUUUAAGAGAUGUUUACAUAUCAACCUGGCCCUGUCAAUGUUUGAUCGAGUAUAUCAUUUCAAACAAAGGCUAAAUGCUCAAUUUUGUCCCAAACUUUGCAGAGUUAAUCAAUUCAAUAUCAGACUUUUUAAUUUUAACAAUUUAAUAUUUAUUUAUUGGAGAUGUAACAAUUAAAGAUUUUCUUGCAAUUCACUUAUAUUAAACGCGUUGUUAAAUCCCAUGAUUUGUGUAAAUCAUGCCAAAG